AACAAAAACAGCAACAGCAACAGCAACAACUCUGCCGCCGAUACGGAAUACGCGACGAGCAGCGGUCCAGUCUCCCUGAAUCUCGGCUACUCGCACUCGGAGUUUUCGCUGUGCGCGCCGCUGGUGGGGCCCAUCAUCUCGCAGCAGUGCCUGCCAGAGCCCACGCAUGGCGAUCUAUCCGACGACGAUCUGCCCGACGAGGUGGUGCUCUCCCACACGCGUCUGAGCUACCGCGCGGAGCCGCAAAAGCCGCGCCUCUACGUGGAUCUGGACAUGAGUGCCGGUCCCAGUGGCAUUGGCAGUGGCAGUGGCAGUGGCAGUGCCAAUGCCAGAGCCAGAGCCGGUCCCAGUGGCAGCACGCAAGGGGGCGAAUGUGUCGCUGCGCGGCGGCGAGGAGGGCCAGUCGCAGAGUGCCCAGCAGCUGAUGAGUCGUGCUGCGGAUCGCGAGCAAAAGAAUUGCCAGCAACGCUUGGCCUUCACCUGUCCCCUGACCAGCUGUGAGACGCUGCUGAACUCCGCCAAUUGUCUGUCGCACUGCCUGAUCGAGCAUCCGCUGGUGGCCACGCUGCCGAUGCGGCCCAACACGACGGAGACGCUGCGGCUGGGCCUGCCCCUGGUGCUGGCUGCCUGUGGGAGUCAGCAGUGCGUUGGGAUGUUGGCCUUCGAGAGCGGCCAACAGUGUGGCAACAACCAGCACCUGCCGCCGAACAAGGCCCAGUUUAGGCAGCAGCUGGCCGUGAUGGUGCUGCUGUGGAAGACAUCGUGGGAUGCACAGCGGAACGGGCCGAUGGUCGCCCAUUUGUACAAUCUGUGGCUCUUCUGUCCCCAGGCGCAUCCCUCGCUGCAGGUGCUGGUCUCGGCCGAGUCGCAGAUCAGCACCGAGCCGGGAGGAGCCAAGCAGCAGGUGAAACAGCAGCUGGUGCCCACCUCGCCGGAUCUGAUGCUGCUCAGUCAUCGGGAAAUGCAGCGGGAAACCGAGUUCUACAUGCGAUUCACACACCGCGACAUGAAGCUCCUCACGAACAAUUUCAAGGCCGACAUCGACCUGAAGCUGACGAUACACGAGGAGCAGAGUGCCAACGAUCGGCAGCAGCGUCAGCAGCUCAAUCAAUUGAAUCUGCAGAGUCUGGUGCAGAAGCAGAUCAGGGAGAGGCAGCAGGAUCAGGCAACCAAUUUCAAUCGCACAAACAUUUCAAAGCAAAUCAAGCUGAAGCCAAUUCAGCGCAAUUUCGUCGAGGGCUCCUUCACGUCCAUCCGCGAGUCCAUCCGGGAGUCCAUCCGGGAGCGUGAGCUGCGGGAGGGCUCAUGCCAGGGCUCCUUCAGAAGCCUCGACUCAGCCUCAGUCUCGGACCAGCUGCCGGCAAUCAAAACUCAAACUGCGCCAAAUUCGGAUUACAAGUCGGAAAAUGCGCCGUCGCCACAGUGCGGACAGGUCGUUGAGGCAACAGCGUCAGUCGGCGAGCAGCUGCAGGUGCAGGCUCCUUCCACCUGCCAUGAGGAGCAGUGUGUGUCGCUGCCUGCCUGCGAGGAGGCGGUGCAAUCGCUGCCAGACCUGCAGAACGAACAGUCCCCGGAGGUCUGCGAGCCGCUGCAGCCUCUGGACGUUUUCGAGGAGGCACAGUCCGGCCCCUCGGAGGAGGAACAGUACCUGGAAGUCUUCGAAGAGGCACUGUCGCGGCCAUCCGAGGAGCAACUGUCCCUGUCAUCCGAGGAGCCACACUUCCAGCCCGUCUUCGUGGAUUUACUGCCAUCAGACGAGCCAGCCAAGCAGAACAAGGUACAGUCACAGCCGGCGAAGGAAACGCUCGCCCAGCCAGCGGAUAAAUCGGGCAAGUACCAGCCAGAAAAUGGGCACGAGCAGGGUGUGGACAGCGCCUCCCAGUCGGGGGAGCAAAAACAAACGCUCGUGGAUCAGGAGGCACAGGAGGAGCAGGACGAGAACGAAGAUUUGCUGCUGCUGGUGGAGGAGUUCGAAGCUGAGGACGAGCUGGAGCUGGAGGAAGAGGAGUCGCAGCACGGGCAAGACCCUUAGAAUUGGCUCCACCCUUACCCUUACCCUAC